UCCCGAUUUAUCUUGAAAAUGAAAAGCAUUUAUUUAGCCUGGACAUUUAUCUUUCUAUGUGCUAAAGUCGUUCCGGGAUUGGCUCUCGAAAAUCCUCAUAUGAUUAGGGAGAGAGAUAUGGAUUUCCCAACGUACAACUUGUUGGAAACAGAAAAACGCGGCAGAAAUGGGACUGUCAAAUGGGAAACAUAUGCAGAUGGAAGAAAACUUUUGGCAACAAACGAUAAUAUUGGCUGGAAAGAAAAGGCACGUAGAACUAAAGGGUGUUCUUGUGGUGGAAACACAGUUUAUUGGCACAAUGCAGAUAAUAGUUCAGUAUUUCUACAUAGGCCUUCUUUCUUCAUAUCAGCCACCAUAAUUUGUUUUAGCAUAUCUUCUCUCCUUGUUUAUCCCUUUCCAUUAACCUAAUUUUUCAGUUCAAUAUUCAGUUUCUUUUAUAUUGUGUAGAAUUAUGACAUAAAUUUGGCUUAAUAUAUGGUGCAUGUGAUCAGAUUGA